AUGGAAGUAUUAGUAAAAUAAUUAAUAAUACUUGCCUUAAAUUAUUCAUUUGGAGAAUAUUAAUAAUUAUAAAUAUAAAUUAAUAUGGACAACACUUAGAUCACUAAUUCUUCUAUUCUUACUCUAAAAAGAGAAAUGUUUAGGAGCAAACUAAGAAGGGAUAUGUUGGAGAAAAGGUUUAAAUACAAAAGAGCAAUGAAAAUAAAAGCUGUCUGUGAUUAGAUAGAGAAACUAUAGGAAGCUAAUAAUAUGAAAAAUGACUCAUGUUCAGAGCACAAUUAGAUCUCUGAAGAAAGUGCAGAUUACUUUGCAGUGUUUUAAAUUGGCAGAGGAAGCAAAAGACAAAUAUUGACCUACAAAAUUUUAAAAUCAAUGAAAUUUUACAUAUAGAAAAAUAAUACCUAUUAGAAUUAAAUGUAUAAAGUGUUUAACUUCUGUACAGAACAGCUUUUGAAUCCUCAACAAGAAAAUGCAGAAUAUUUACCUUUGCUUGCAGAGAUAAUAUUUUUAUUAUAAAAUUAUUCAAAUAUAAUUGAGCCAUAACCCUUCGUUGUGCUACUCAGAGCUUUCGUUAGACAUCAGGAAUACAAAUCGCUAAUUUUGCAAUAUCCAAAUUUAAUUGAACAGCUUGAAGAAUUUUGUUAAGAGAGAGUGGAUAAUAAUAAUUUGAUAAAAUUAUUAUGUGAGAAAAUCACUUAUGCCAACCUGAAGAUGAUAUCAUUUUUAUUUAAUACUCUCAAAAAUAAGGAUGUUCUAUAGUUAUUUGAAUUGUAUGGUUUGAAGUAAGUAUUAAUAAAAAAUGUAAAUAAUGAAAACUAUGGAAAAUUGAUAAAUAAGAUCCUUUUCACGACUGGUUGGAUAGAUGAAUAAAAUGAAUCAGAGAAUUAAAGUUAUUAAAUUUUUGCGGACGUAUAUAACGUUUUUUGAUUAAAAUAACAUUGCUCAUCAUAUUCGAUACAUAUAUUAUAAUUCUAAA